GUGACCUUUGGUACUGUACACACACUUAUCUCCGGCCAAGCCAAAUACCUGGGAGCCAUCUUUCAGGUUCCUCUUUCCAUUCCCCUGCCAUGCACGUCAGCAAGAAAUAAUAUUGUUUCUUCCAAGAAGACCACAGAGAAUCUUGAAAAGAUUUUUCCAUGAUGCAAGCAGAUUGUGGGCAGUAGUGUUACUGGAGGAGGGAGCCAAAACUCCUUGUGGUCCCUUCUAUGCUGUUCCUUUAGAAAACAGCAUUUCUUGUUUGUUCUUUUAUGUAAAGACCUACUCUCUCUACAUGUGGGAAUAGUAUGGUAACAAACUGAUGUUCUUAGGACACUGGGAGAAGCAGAAGUUUUCGAUCUCUCAGAUCAAUAUCCACCUCUGUGGGAUGAGAGUCCUGGUCAGUUCAGUGACUACAGUGUGGAGAAUGGAAAGUACAUUAUUGAUCCCUGGGUAUACCCUAAGAGAAUGGGCAUGUAUAAAAUCCUCCUGAACAAGACAGCCAGUUAUUUUGAAAAAUUUGCACCAGAUAAUGAACAAAAUAUUUUAUGGGGAUUAGCUUUGCAGCAUGGCUGGCAAUUUGGAUCAGGCAGAUUGGUUGAUCCCACCCAAACGACAGACUGUGGCUAUGAAUCUGGAGAUCGUUUGUGCAUCUCUGUGGACAGUUGGUGGGCUGAUUUGAAUUACUUCCUGUGUGCACUGCCAUUCCUCGCUGCGGUGGAUGCUGGCAUAAUGGGGAUAUCAUCAGACCAAGUGCUGCUUGCGCCGCCACCCAAGGACCAGACAAAGUUCUGUCUCAGUUCUUCUAGUUGUCAGUUGUCCUAUCCUUCGACGAUGAGGAAGUGGGAUGCCUUUUACAAGCAUUUGCAAUCACCUUCUAGUAGCUUCGAGGACUUGUUGAAGUACAUGUGGGAGGCACACGUCUCAAGCUUGAAUGUUGGUUACAAAAUUUUUGAAGACAGGUUUGAAUAUUAUUCUAAACCAGAAGCGGGUUUUGGGGAAGAUUGGAGCAUGUUUGUGGACUAUAUAGCUGCUGCCAACUUUCCCACGAUCUUCAGUACAGUAUCUGUGUUCCAGAAGGCCCUGCCACCACGAGUGCUUGUGGAUGGGGACAGAGCUCCCUUUAUCAGCGACUUUACUGACACUCAGAACAUAGUCCUGCUUGGUCUAAAUCUUCUUGGUGAAGUGGAUAGAGCAACAGGUUCACUAUCUUUAACUAUAUGGAAAAUUUUAAUGAAGACACAGGCUGCAAAGACGCUACUUCUAAAGUUUUUGGAAGCAGUGUUUGCAAUCAUUAAUCCAACAUUUCUGGGAUGAUAAAUGAAUCAAAAUGAACAAUUCUAACUUGCUGAGCAACAGUAAUUUCAAAAUUUAACACUGUCACAAU